AUGCAUAUCUUCGUGGGAUAUGGAAACGGAACAUUUUCCAAGAAACCAACAACAUCAAUAGCUUUGUCUUCUCUGCCGUACUCCAUUGCAGUCGGCGAUUUUAACAAUGACAGUUGGUUGGAUAUCGCCGUCGCUAAUCAUGAUCACAAUAAUAUUGGCAUCUUCGUUGGCUAUGAUAAUGGAACUUUUGCAAAGGAAAAAAUCCAUUCAACUGGUGCUUCUCGUCCGCUGUCACUCUGGGUUCACGAUUUCAACAACGAUAAACGAUUAGACAUUAUCGUCGCCAACGAUGGCACGAACAAUAUAGGUAUAUUUCUGGGAUAUGGUGAUGGAACUUUUGCAAAUCAGACGUUGCUUUCAACUGGCUUUGACUCUCUUCCUCGUGCGGUCGUUGUUGCUGAUUUUAACAACGACGAUCGACCAGAUAUCGCUGUUGCCAACGCUGGCAUCAACAACAUAGGAGUGUUUCUUGGAAAUGGUGAUGGAAGUUUUUCAAAUCAAACUACGUAUUCAGCAGGCGAUUACCCUGUUUCAUUGGCCGUUGGUGAUUUGAAUAAUGACACUCGACUGGAUAUCGUUGUAUGCAACAGUAAUGGUAAUAAUGUACGUAUCCUACUUGGAAAUGACGAUGGAAUGUUUACAACCCAAGCUAUCUAUAAAACAGGCUUCGGUUCUUAUCCUACUUCGGUGGCUGUGCGCGAUUUCAACAAAGACAAGCGACUAGAUAUAAUCGUUGCUAAUAGUGGCAGCAAUAAUAUAGGUCUACUUCUUGGAAAUGGUGAUGGAACCUUCGAAAAAGAGAGGUUAUAUCCAAUAAGCAUUAGUUCUCCGCAAAUAGUCAUCACUGAGGAUUUGAAUAACGAUACUUGGAUUGAUAUCGUCGUCGCCAUUGAUGACGUAUAUAAUGUAGCUGUCUUUCUUGGUGGUCCAGACAAAAACUUUACCAAUCUAACAACAUAUCCAACGGGUGGCAACUCUUAUACGAGGUUUGUUGCUGUGGGUGACUUCAACAACGACGCUCGGUUGGAUAUUGUUGAAGCAAAUUAUUACAGAGACGAUAUAGGAGUGUUUCUUGGACAAGGAGAUGGAAAUUUUGCUAUGAAAAUUGAAUAUUCAACGGGAUCAGGUUCUCAGCCAUAUUCAGUUACCGUUGGUGAUUUUAACAAUGACGCACGACUGGAUAUUGUCGUAGCCAAUUAUGGUACUAAUAAUGUAGGUAUCUUUCUUGGAAAUGGAAAUGGCAAUUUUUUACAACAAACUACAUAUUCAACGGGAUCGAGUUCUAACCCAUAUUCUGUUGCUGUUGGUGAUUUUAACAACGACACUCGACUUGAUAUCGUUGUAGCAAAUUAUGGUACUAAAAGUAUAGGCAUCUUUCUUGGAAAUGACAAUGAAACAUUUUCCAAUCAAACUACAUAUAUCGCAGGUGGUUAUCCUGUCUUUGUGAUCGUUGGCGACUUGAACAACGAUGCCCGAUUGGAUAUCGUUAUAGCCAAUUAUUAUAGUGACAAUGUAAGGAUCUGGUUUGGAAAUGGUGAUGGAACUUUUUCCAUGAGAGUUACAUAUCAAACGGGAUCAGGUUCUAAGCCGAGUUCAGUUAGUAUUGGCGAUUUCAAUGGCGAUACUCGAUUGGAUAUCGUCGUAGCCAAUUAUGGUACUAACACUGUAGGCGUCUUUCUCGGAAACGACGAUGGAACAUUCUCAAAUCAAACUACAUAUAAAACUGAUUCUGGGCCGCGAUCGGUUGUUGUCGGUGAUUUGAACAACGAUACCCACCUAGAUCUCAUUGUAGCCAAUUACGGCAGUAACAAUAUAGGCGUGUUCCUUGGAAAUGGCGAUGCAACUUUUUCGAAUCAAACGACAUAUUCAACUGGAUGGAAUUCUCAACCGUAUUGCGUCGCUAUUGGUGAUUUCAACAAUGACAAUAGAUUGGAUGUGACAGUUGCACUUUACUUUUAUUUCUCUAUAGGUAUCUUUCUUGGAUAUUACAAAUCGCCAUUUACAAUUCCUGUAAUCUACUCAAGUGGCUUGGUUCCAACGCCAUUUGCACUCGCUGUUGCGGACUUUGACAAUGAUACUAGAUUGGAUAUUGUUGCUGCUAAUCGAGAUGGCGGUAAUGUAGCCAUUUAUUUGAAUUCUGCCAAUGAAGUUUUCCCAAGUUCGACAUUGUAUUCAACUGGUUACUCCACUGGUCUGUCUUCUGUUGCGGUGGGUGAUUUCAAUAAUGACAAUCGAUUUGAUAUCGUAGUCACUAAUCACGAUUCUGACAAUAUUGUUUUCUUUCUCGGGUUCGGUAAUGGGAGUUUUGGAAGUACCAUUUCAUACCCAACUGGACUUCAUUCUGGUCCCUGCUCAGUUGCCGUCGGUGAUUUUAAUAACGACAGUCGAAUGGAUAUUGUAAAUGCAAAUAAUGGUGAUGACACUAUAGGUUUAUUUUUUCAUUAUGGCUUUGGAGCAUUUAUGAAUAAAGAAAAGUAUUCUACUGCUUCUGAUAAACCCUCUCAUGCGAUCGCAUUUGGUGAUUUUAAUAAAGAUACACGAAUAGAUAUGGUUGUAGCCAAUUCAGAGAAUUCUACUAUAGCUGUGCUUCUUGGAAAUGGCAAAGGAGCUUUCUCAAAUCAAACUACAUAUUCUACCGGACCUUAUUCAUCACCGUUCGCUGUUGCCGUUGGCGAUUUCAACAACGACUCACGACUAGAUAUUGCUGUAGCCAAUAAGGAUGGCUUGAACGUUGGUGUGUUUCUUGGCAAUAGUGAUGGAACUUUUUCGGAUCAAACCAUAUAUUGGACAGGAGAAAAUUCUUUGCCAACUGGGCUUGCUGUUGGUGAUUUUAAUAAUGAUGCUCGACUGGACAUUGUUGUAACCAAUUUUGGUGGUUACUAUAUAUGCGUGCUUCUUGGAACUGGUGAUGGAACAUUUUUGAAUUGCAUCAUAUAUCCAACUGGAUAUUAUUCGUGGCCAUGGGGUGUCGCGGUUAGCGAUUUUAACAAUGACACACAACUGGAUAUUGCUGUAGCCAAUAAGUAUGGUUUUAAUGUAGGUGUAUUUCUUGGCAAUGGAGAUGGAGCUUUUUUGGAUCAAAGCACAUACUCAACUGGAGAUAAUUCUUUGCCAAUUGGGUUGGCUCUUGGUGACUUUAAUAACGAUAGUCGAAUAGAUAUUGUUGUAGCCAAUUAUGGUAGUGAGAAUAUAGGCGUGUUUCUUGGUAAUGGUGAUGGAAGUUUUAUGAAACAAGUCACAUAUUCAACUGGCUCUCAGUCUGGUCCGUAUUGGGUCACCGUUGGUGAUUUCAAUAAAGAUGCUCAAUUGGAUAUUGCCGUCGUUCUCUCUCUUUCUGAUACUUUAGCGAUCUACUUUGGAAACGAAAAUGGAACAUUCAGUCAUCCAGCAAUAUUUGGAACUGGUCCUACAACUUAUCCGUGGUAUCUGGCAGUUUGUGAUUUCAAUGAUGAUAACUGGCUUGACGUAGCCAUCGUCGUGGGAAAUGUUGAUGGUGUUGUUGUAUUCUUGGGAGAUAAGAAUAGAAUGUUUCUAGCACCUAUAAAAUAUUCAACAGGCUCAGACUCUGCUCCACAAGCUGUCGCUAUUGGCGAUUUCAAUAACGAUAAGAAUUUGGAUGUAGCCGUUGCAAAUAGUAUGAGUAAUAAUGUAGGUAUAUUUCUGGGAUAUGGCAAUGGAUAUUUGUCAAACCAAAUAACAUAUUCAACUGGUACUGAUUCUCAACCAUGGUCAGUGGCUGUUGGUGAUCUUAACAACGAUACUCGACUCGAUAUCGUCGUUACUAAUCGAAAAAGUAACAAUAUAGGAGUUUUUCUUGGACAUGGAAAUGGAACGUUCCGAAAUGUAACGAUGUAUCCAACUGUUUCACUUUCUGAUCCAGUAUCUAUCGCUAUUCUAGAUUUUAACAGGGAUAAUAAAAUGGACUUUGCUGUUGUCAACUAUCUUGCCAACACUAUAAACAUAUUUAUCGGAUAUGGUGAUGGAACAUUUUCGAACCCAAUGACAUAUUUAACUGGUUAUAAUUCUCAUCCAAUUGGGAUCGUAGUUGGGGAUUUCAAUAUGGACAACUGGAUGGAUAUUGCGGUGGCCUCUUCUGGUACAAAAAAUUUAAAGAUUCUUUUGAAAUUAUGUUAG